CAGCAGGUUGUGUGCGUGGGCGACAGCGGCUAGCAUCACAUUCACACUUCACCCGUGAAAACAACCCCCAUCAGCUAAGUUAACAGGAAACAACGGGUGCAUUUGGCUUGUAAAAGUCCUCAUAAGGGCGAAAAGGAUAAACCGCGUUUUGUUAGUACGGUAAGGAUGUCUGUCCCGGCAGGAGAGGGAUGAAGAUGACACCAAUGUUAUGGCGAGUUGUGUCAGUGUGGCUAUGUGUAGCUGUGGUCUGUUGGUUGAGGAAAGCUUGAUAUUGCCUGCCCAGUCCCUGUCUGACAAUGAGAAGUGGAUGGAGGAUGAUCGGCAAAAAGAGGAUGAGACGGCGCAAGAGGUGGACGAAAAACAAUAUUUAGAGGCCUUUGGAGAGGAGGAGCUCACUGCAGACGAAGAAUGGAAGCACGAAAAAGACAUUUCACUACCUGAGACAGAACUUGAGCAAAUCUCAGAAAAUCCACCCCCUGAAACCUCUGCCACUCAAGACCAGGACUCAGCCCCCCCGCUGACUCCCUCUGACCCUGGCUCUGAUAUUACUGCUGAGCCCGAAGAUAACUUCAACGUCCUUAACCUUCAAGAAAGCACCCCAGACAGUGUUUCAGAUGAUGCAGCUGAAGUAGCUGAUGUAGCUGCACCUGAGGUCGUUGAUUCGGACCCGCCUCCAGCUGACUGUGAAGAACUAGAGGAGGAAAAAGAGGGAGAAGGAGAAGAGGACAAUCCAUAUGACAAUGAAAG